AUGAUUAAAAUUUCGGUGAAUGGUGUUGAAGGCCAAAAAUUAGAGGUUCAAAGUGCAACAUUUAGUGCAAAAAUUGCAGAAACAGCGGAUGAAGUUCCAGUUCUAGUGUCUCUCCUAAGAUCAGGUCCACUUGGUGUAAAGAGCCAAACAACUACAGUUUUGGGCUCAUUAUGUAAGGAAAACGAACUACGGGUCAAAGUAUUACUUGGGGGUUGCAUUCCUCUGCUUCUCGCUCUUCUAAAAUCAGAAGAAGGUCAAAUCACAGCUGCAAAUACCAUUUAUGUUGUUUCUGAAGGUGAUGCCAAAUAUCAUGUUGGAUCCAAAAUCUUUGCCACUGAAGGCGUUGUUCUAGUGUUGUGGGAGCAACUUGAAAAGGGUUCAAAAGUAGUUGAUGAUUUGCUGACUGGUGCUUUGAGAAACCUGUGUGGGACCACCGAGGGUUUUUGCUCAAAGCAAAAAACAAGAAAAGAUAUAGCAAGUUGUAAUGGCAUCCCUUCUUUGAUUAAUGCCAAAAUAGCUCCUUCAAAAAGGUUUGUGCAAGGUGAAGAUGCUCUAGAUUUACAAGAGAACGCGAUGUAUGAUCUCUCCAACAUUUCCGGUGGGUUGUGCCAUGUUAUCACUAGUCUCGGUCAAAGUCUUGACUUGUUCUCUUCACCUGGAUAG